CUUCAACUUCCCCAACAUGGCCAUCAUCGAGGAGGCCGGCUCUCCCCACCCUCGGCAGGCGCCCGUGACGAUAGAGGAGCUCCCAGACUCCCGAUUUUCACAACCCGGUCCAUCCACGCAGCCGGCGUCGGCGCAGGCACCGAGCAAUCUCGCGGGGAAGCUCCCUUCACUAGCGGCCCGACUUCAGCCAGGUGAAGAUACUUCAGAACCGACAUUCCAACGCACCGCUGAAUCUGCUCUUCGUGAGCUUGGAGUGGCCGUGGCCUCGCCGGAAUGGGAUCAGCUCAGCCGUGAGCAGCAAGCGGUCGUCUUCCUCCCAGCUAUCCGUCUUUACUCCUCCUCUUCCUCCACACUCACCCCUCUUAUUCCUACUCCUCCCGCUGCUUCCUCCCUCGCCAUCUAUCUCCUCUCCCAUCCUCUCCGCUCGUUCUUCACCUCACACCCGCACCUCUCGGCAUCCACACGUGCGCGGACGCGGCCACAUGGCGGCACAGGCGCUUUGGACGAUAUGCACGAUGAUGAGUCCUGGAAGGUCUCCGGCAUCGACAACGCGCUGGCGUGGUGUGCUACUCAGCUCUCGUCCUCGGACGUGGAAAGACACCUCAACUUGUUGCUGCCCCCGACGCUGACCAUGAUGGACAACUACCAGCCUCCAUGGCGAGACGCUGGCAGUCGUGUUCUGGGAGAAUGGAUCGACAAAAUCGAUCCGGCUGAGCUGAGGCGACGUGGGCUCGACACGCUCCUUCUCAAGUCGCUCACGCAUACCCUGUCGCUCCAUCACGACCCACCAUUGAGCCAUGUCUUCGCCGUCACGCUGAAGAUCGCCGGAAAUUUGGAUGGCGAGAAGAAGGCAGAGGCCUACGCCGACAUAGUGGACCGUGCGCUCGUCGCGGGGUGGACAUAUGCGUCGUCCUCCGCCAUCUCCGUUCUUGUCGACAUCGCGCGAAACACCGAGGUUCUAAUCGGCAUUCUGGGGGUGGGGAUCGCCCGCUGGCUGAAGUCCAUCAUCCCUGCUCUUCUCGCUCCUCUGCAACACGAGCCCACACCAAACAGGCUGGGCUUGUACGUUGCCAACCUUAACGCCCUACUUGUUCUCCUCCGCGGACUCCGAGGGAGUGGACGUGUGGAUAGGUGGCGGGGACAGGUGCUUGACGUUGUGGCGCGCGUCUGGAUUCAGGUGGGCGACUACGGAUAUUCGGGAACGGACAAGGAAACAGCGGACACAGUCCUGUCCCUCACAAGAGUAGUAUACGAGGAGAUUGGCACACAGUGUCCCUCUGUAAAAGCGCACGAGUUCGCACAGCUUCGUGCGCUGGACCAACGCUUCGCCCCCCUCGUUAUGUAGCAUAUGCAUUGGUACAGCUGAUUCGCCCUGGGCAUUGGAGCCAUACGCAUUAGAGCCGUACCCAGUACACACUCAGUGCUGACGCCCUCUGCGAUCCAAAUAUAUGCAUGC